AGAUCUAUCUCGUAUAUAAGCAUUGGAUCUUCACGUUUGCAAUUGAAUUCCACAAUGGCUGCCCUGCAGAUGAGAAGAUGCAUAUCUUUUUCGGUUGUGGUCGUCUUCAUAGUCCUGACUCAUACCUUAGCACAAGUUGAAGGGCAAUGUAUACUGAGUCCAGAGCUAUGUAGUAUGGACGAUGAUGAUUUCGACGUUAUAUUCGACACAUGCAAAGAGUUUAGUCAAGGAAAUGCGAUACCCACUCCAGAUGAUCUCUGCUGCCAGCAACUUAACUCUCUUAGUGGCGACUGUCUGUGUAAAGGAUUUCAGGUUCAUCUCUCCAUCCUGCCACCAGAUUAUAAUCUGACUGCACCUCUCCAGCUGCCUCGCAAUUGUGGAUUCCCUCUUGAUCCACCUGGCUGCAGUUGUGGAAGUUAUACAUUUCCGUCUUAGCUUUCCUCACCAAAUGAAAAUCAGACUGGGUUAUAGGCAGAUGGCGUUCUUUGUUUUGGCCAUGCCGAUGGUCGUCAGACUGUUCUAAAUUCCAUAAUAUGUGCGAUUGUACCAGGGACUAUCAGAUAGUGAUUGUGCAGGUUUUAAGUAGGUAAUAAAUCUCUGGCAAGACCUUCCUAAACCAUCGAAUAUAUGUAAUAAAGAGACUCUGAGGAAUGAAACUACACAGAAGCUGGCAGAGUUGUAUACAUUCUGUUCACUUGAAUUGUUAAAAAGGAAUGAUGUAACAUUCCAGUUGUUUCAAACCGGGGAGCUGUGCAACAGUGUUAUAUUUCUGGAACACAGUGGUAUCAUAGCUCAAAGAUAUCCACUGCAGGCUUUGUGCAGUUAAUGACUGAGCAGUAAUAUGAACGGAGAUUAUAUUUCAUAACUCCUUUAUGUGCUCUGUUAUCUUAUGAAGUAC